CUCUUCCAGUUUGGCACGACACCACACCAAGCCCUCCGCAAACCAGUCAUGGUGACGCAUGAGCUUUCCGUUAGGUCUUUGCCUCCUUCAUGUCCUCCCAGUAAAGAUGCAUUAUCUGAAUCAAUCAAGCCUGGUGAGUCAGUGAAAGUGAGUUGAGUACGACGCAGGUAAAUAUUUUCAGUGAUCCUAUAAUAGGCUGUCCACCCCGAGGGUCCAUUACUCCGUGUUUAUUCUUUCCCAAUGCUAUCGCUUUGUUUCCUCCUGUCCACUGGCAUCUUACCCCUCUGCUCAGCAUCAUGAAUGCCACUCGGAUCAUUCAGCUCGCCUCGCGCAUUCAACAGCGCACGGCGGACAUAGAUGAUUAUCUACAGCGCAAUGGCCUUCCCACCCCGAGCUUUGACGAAGACGGUCCCGUGGACCUAGGUCUGUCAGGAGACCUUGUCACGGCUCGCGAAGAGGCUCUAGCAUCCAUUCUCGAACUUCAGAAUCUUCUCUUGGGGCCGACCCUCUGCCUUCUUCCAGUAUACAAUGGCGUGGGCCUUCAGGUCAUCUACCGAUACGACGUUGCGCGGCAUGUUCCCAUACAUGGAGAAAUUGCCUUCAGCGAGCUGGCUGCGAUCUGUCGGCUCGAUGAGGUCAACCUCCGUCGCAGUCUGCGAUUUGCGAUGGCAUAUCACCACAUAUUCCGGGAACCGCGUAAGGGUUAUGUUGCUCACACCGCGGCCUCACGCAAACUAGUCGACGAUCCGCACGCCAGUGCUGGGCUGGGGUACGUGUUCGAAGAGGUUUGGCAGGCGUUUGCACAUACACUCCCUGCGUUGGAUCAACACCAGAGUGACGCACCAGGUAGAUCGGGCUGGUCUCACUACCACAACACCGACAUGCCCCCAUGGGAGUACUACGCAGCUCACCCGGAGAUGGCUCGCCGCUUUGCCGGGGCAAUGUCAUUCCUUGCUGCCGGCCAUGGAAACUCGCCCUCACACCUGGUGCAAGGAUACCCAUGGGAUACGCUCGGCAGUGGCACCAUCGUGGAUGUCGGAGGCUCCAAAGGCAACAUCAGCACUCUGCUAGCCCAGAAGUACCGUCGUCUCAAGUUCAUCGUUCAGGAUCUACCCAGCAUGAUCCAGGGUGUCGCCGAGACUCUGCCCGACGACGUGCGCGACCGCGUGGAGUUUCAAGCUUAUGACUUCUUCACCACGCAACCCGUUCAGGCCGACGUGUACUUGUUCCGGAAUAUAUUCCACAAUUGGUCCGACUCUCAUGCAACCCGGAUCCUCCAGGCCCUUGUGCCGGCUUUGCGCCCGGGGGCCCGAAUUGUGGUGAAUGACUAUCUGCUGCCUGAACCUGGGACCAUGUCUUUGAUCAAAGAACGUGCAGUUCGGGAAAUGGACAUGACCAUGUUCAGCUUAUUUAAUGCCCGGGAAAGGGAGGAGGCCGACUGGAUUGAGCUGCUUUCGAAAGCCGAUCCUCGCUUCGCUGAUGUACGAGUCUGGACCCAGAUGGCUGUGUGGAAGCCUUGA